AACAGUGAAGCAGGUCUUCCAUUGCCAGCCGCCUGCCCCUUUCCUCCAUUUCUAUUUAAAAAAUAGACCUUCUCUUUCACUCCAAAAGCCAUUUUUAUUCUUUUUAAACAUACAAUAUAAUAUUAUAUAUAAAAAAAUCUGUAUCUAUAUCUAUAUAUCUAGGGUUUUAGUCUUCACAUACAUACCAACCUCCAACAAGCAACAAGAUCUCUCUCUCUACCAACCCACAUUUUUAGGCAUGGCUUUUUCAUCUAUUCUUAGAUCCCCAAAUCCAUCACCUCUUGUUCAAUCUUCACAUCAAUCUAUUUCCACCCCUACAAGAUUGCAGGUAUCUUCUUUGAAGCUUCCAUCUACUGCUUCUGUUUCUGGGGAAUCUUUAUCUUUGAGAAAGUCCAAUGCAUGCCGCACCAAUAUAAUUAAAGCUACUGCUACCCAAACACCAACUAGUGUUCCAAAGUCGCACACUAGUGGGAAGACCAGAGUUGGAAUCAAUGGUUUUGGAAGAAUCGGAAGGUUGGUUUUGAGAAUAGCAACAUUUCGAGAUGAUAUUGAGGUUGUUGCUGUCAACGACCCUUUUAUUGAUGCCAAGUACAUGGCUUACAUGUUGAAGUAUGAUUCUACUCAUGGCCUAUUUAAAGGAACCAUCAAGGUUGUUGAUGAAACUACUUUGGAAAUCAAUGGGAGGCUAAUAAAAGUUACUAGCCAAAGAGACCCAGCGGCGAUUCCUUGGGGUGAUUUUGGAGCUGACUAUGUUGUAGAAUCUUCUGGAGUUUUUACAACACUUGACAAGGCCUCUGCACACAAAAAGGGUGGUGCCAAGAAAGUGGUCAUAUCCGCUCCAUCAGCUGAUGCACCCAUGUUUGUUGUAGGAGUGAACGAAACUACAUACAAGCCAACCAUGGAUAUUGUGUCCAAUGCUAGCUGUACCACUAACUGCUUAGCUCCUCUUGCCAAGGUGGUUCAUGAGGAGUUUGGUAUUGUUGAAGGGUUGAUGACAACUGUGCAUGCAACCACAGCUACACAAAAAACUGUUGAUGGACCUUCAAUGAAGGAUUGGCGUGGAGGUCGUGGUGCUGCACAAAACAUCAUCCCUAGUUCUACUGGUGCUGCCAAGGCCGUAGGGAAGGUGCUACCAGAAUUAAAUGGAAAACUUACUGGUAUGGCCUUUAGAGUCCCAACAGCAAAUGUUUCUGUUGUGGAUUUAACUUGUCGACUUGAGAAGAAAGCUUCUUAUGAAGAUGUUAAAGCUGCAAUCAAGUAUGCUUCUGAGGGUCCCAUGCAAGGAAUUCUUGGGUAUACUGAUGAAGAUGUCGUCUCCAAUGAUUUUGUUGGUGAUUCAAGGUCGAGUAUUUUUGAUGCAAAAGCGGGCAUUGGGCUAAGUGCAUCGUUUGUGAAGCUAGUGUCGUGGUAUGACAAUGAGUGGGGUUACAGCAACCGUGUGUUGGAUCUGAUAGAGCAUAUGGCAUUGGUCGCAGCUUCCAACUGAGGAUUUUUUCUUGCUAUUCUCAUAAAAGAGAUGGUAUAGAAUCUUGUUUUGACAUGAUGUAUGAAUUGGAUGGCAGCAAAUUUGCCAUGACUUGAUACAAAUUUAGGAAAUAAAGGAUAUGUGGUUGUCAUUUGGUACCA